CUGAAGUUCUACGUCGCAUCCCAAUGGAUGGAACCUUUGAACAAAGCCGUCCUCUAGACAGAUUAGUUGGCAGUAGGAUUUGUUAUUCCUUCGAUUUGAAAUCAGCCACGGAUAGAUGGCCGUUGUUAUUUCUCUUCGAAGUUAUGCAAUUCCUAUUUGAUCGGUCGUUCGCUUCCAGCCUUGUUAAUUCGACGUUGGCUUGGAACAUAUUUGAGAAAACUUUUGUUAAACGAAAGUUUUCUCAAAUAGCGUUUGUGGCUGGACAACCGUUAGGAUCUCAUGCGUCUUGGCCUCUGUUUGCACUAUCUCAUCAUCUUUUGAUUUGGUAUUGUGCAGACCAGGUGUAGGUGUAUCCAGGUGUUCGCUUUACUAAGUACGGUGUACUCGGUGAUGACGUUGUCAUCGCUGAUAAGGAAGUGGUUAAGGUCUAUGAGUCUGCUCUUGGAAAAUUAGGAGUAACAAUAUCCUAUCAUAAAUCCCUGAUUUCGGAGAGCGGUUCUGCCGAAUUUGCCAAGAGAUUCCGAGUUCGAGAUUGAAGUGUGGACCUAAGUCCUAUCUCAAUCAAGAGCUUGAUGAAUUCCCAUCAUCCAUGUGGGAUCAUGGCCAUCCAUCUUAAGUACGGAAUCAAGCGAUUUAGUACACUUGCUCAUAUAAGUGGUGCUGGCUAUAGAGUCUUGGCAAAAUUGGAUCAUACCGGGUCUACGCACACCGAGCGCAUCCUGUCUAUGUGGACCAAGAUGUCCUUGCCAUUAGAAUUGUGGCUUGGACGGGGUCGUCCUUUAAAUCCUUAUUUGAGGGGCGUGAUCCUUGACUUCUUAAUAAAAGAAAUGAAGCCAAGGGAUCUUUCAUUACCUCCAGAUGCUCUAUUUGUGAGCAAGCGGGUAUGAAAGAUUUCUUAGAAUGGUCCACCUUAAGAGUAUGGGUUAAGGACUGGCUACGGUACUGUCGAUGAAACUACUGUACCCUAGAGAACCCUGAUGGAAACAUCCAAGAUGCACCUAUUGUAAAUCGGAAAUGGAAAAUCACUCGGACAGAUCCUCAUCUUGUUCGAUUUGGUCUUCUGUGGAAGAUUUUCGCUAUGAUUUCAUUAAAGGGACUAGAUUUUCAGUUACCUAUACUCGAAAGUUCUAGUUCACCAUUAUCUGGUUAUCUCUUGGGUGGGAUCUCUGGUACAGACUUCCUAGUAAAAUCGUGUGGUUGUGACCAACCGCACGCUGGAAGAGGAGUAAUCCAUCCUGGGGUUGAUAGCCCUUUGAUGGGUAGUCCUCGACCAAUGAAGUCCAUCAGGUAAAUGUAUUUUUCAAUAAAAAAAAAAAAAAAAGUUUUGUAGUGAUCCUCGGAAUAUUAAUGAUACAUAGAAGGAUAUCUAUGUAUAUCCUUUCAAUUCAAAAUUUUGAAAAAGAAUAUAAUAAUCGAACAUUUCUUCUUUUUCAUUUCUGCCAAAUAUUUUUUAUUGAUGCUAAUAGUUUAGCAGGAGAACUUGUUUUAUUAGAACUAAUAUUUUGAUUUCCGGAGUUAAAAAUCCUUUCUUCUCUUUUGUCAUUUUUUCUAUUUGAUUCCUGUUUGUGCUUGUUCUAUCAGCCAGAUCUUUCAUUUUUCUGUCAAUGAAUAAUCUGUCCAAUCCAAAAAUCGAAUUUGAAUGGACGAUUCGUGAAUCAUCCGAUUACUGAUUAUCCCAUCUUUUUCUUUUUUCGUUUCACUCAAUUCAGAUAUUUCUCUUAAUCCAAAUAAUGGAAUUGGGUUUCUUUUUGAAAGUUCUUUUUUUAUUCCUUUUUUUUUUUUUUAAUGUUUUAGAGGAGACAUUUUCUUCUUUUUAACCCGAACUAAAAAAAAAAAUUCGAAAAUUGCAAAAAAGAAGUAUUUUUGCUUCCGGACCACCUUUUCCAGCCAGAUAGCGAGCGAUCACUCAGCAAUGAACACUAACUGAAAGCGGCCGGGAAUGAGUACCUAUCCCUUACGGGAAUCGAACCCGUGUCUUCGACAUGAAAAGACGAUGUCCUAACCACUGGACGAAAGGGACCAAAAAGCCAUUCUUCAUAUACCUCAGCUCCGAGAAUAGAAGUGGUUCGUUUUCUUUCUAUACGCAAUUCAAGAUUUCGUUUGUGUUCAUGUUGGCGAUUUCUGAUGUGAAUUCGGCGGGUCGUCCCCCCUUCCUACGGGUUCUCCCACCGCCCCAGUGACACACCAACCACGCCCCUUCCCUUUCUCCGAUCAUCAAGCCCCCUGAUCCCUUUCUUUGUCUUUCAUCCCCCCUGAACAGAAUAGCCCCGUUCUUUCGAAUUCAAAAAAGAAAAUAGGUGAACAUGUUUCCCCUUUGAAGUGGCGAAGGCCUAUGCCUAAAGUAAGAAAAAAAGUAGGUUAAGGUUACGAAGUAAGGUCAGCUGGUUAAGGAAAGCUCAGGUUAUGAAAUCGCUUAGCCGUUAAUUAAUGAAAUUAAUUAAGUAGUAGUGAGGCGUCGGUACGGAGUUGCGUCAGCUGUAGAUAUAGACUAGGCUAAGGGACAGACUUCAUCUCUUCUAUUCUCUUCACUUACACCAACCACUUCCGCUGAGUCUAACGAGGCUCAGGUGCGGGGCCUUCCACUGUGGACCGAGACUACGCAAAGGUAGAAAUAGAAACUUCGCUUACUUUCUCAUAAACCUUGAUUUCGCUACGCUCAAUAAGAACCCGGAAUAGCGGAAAUCGGUUCGUGUUCCGCUUCCAAAGUAAGUCGUCUUUGCCCAAGUUUGAACUGCAGACGACUCUCCAGUGGUUCCAUUCCUUCUUACUUGACUUCUGGGUCAACCCAACCCGAAUGGGAAGAAGAGGGUCAGCCAAACAGCGGGUAGCUCCACUUUGUACAUUUUCUGAGGCAGACCAAUCAGGCAUUUUAGAAAAGGGAAGGGAACUUAUCACCGAAGGAGGCAGUAAGAAUGAAGGAGGUGGGAAGCUACCGCUGCAAGCUUAUCCUUGACUUUUUUUUAGAGCGUACCGCUAUUGAAUUUAAAUAAUAAAAAAGGUUGUUGGAUGAAAUAAUCGGAGUGACAAAUGGUUACGGUUGAGGAAACCGGAUAAAGUCGGGAACCGUCGGUUACCUUUUGAAUCAAAGUAGCGACGAGCCUAGUACUACGACUACAGGGGGGGAAGCUACCGCUUCGUAGACAGCUUCGCUUCCUCGUCGCUUCUUUCUGGCGACUAGCUUCUCAAGUGGGUGGCUUGGUAAGCAAGCUACCUUCAGAAUCAGUAAAAUCCCUAUCAAUAAUAGGCCGGAAUGGUGGGUUUGGAACCCUACUUCAAUGGAAAGGGGGAAUCGCCCUUUCACAGCCGCUCCUCUACAACUACCUUUCGCCCAACAUGAUCACGAACGAAGACAGAGAAUUGCGUAUAUAGGAGGAGGAAACAAACCAACCCACUUGUCCUGAUCAGAACGAUUGAAGAAAGAGAAUGGUGGCCCCUUUCGCCCAGGGGACAUCGUCGGAGAACAAUGUCGGGGACAGGGUGAGAACCUUCCGUUGGUUACGCCCUUGUUGUGUUGGUUCUUCCAUAUUUAGAUAUGGAGAUAGAUCCAGAUAGAGAUCUAUCUCUUUCUAUCGAUAGAUAGAUAGAAAGAGAAAUGGAUAUUGAUCUGGUUUCAAGAUCUAUGAAGAAGAGAGAUCCCUAAAUAUCCAUUGGAAAAAAGAGAUGAAUAGAGUUGAUAGGGCGGAGCCAGCGGAAGGAAGGUCGCUAACGCGACCCUGCAAUCUUUCUAAAGCAACAAGGGAGAAAGUUUACUUUGAGAAAGAAGGUGCUUACUGCUCGCUCGCUGUCUACUAAACGAGCCUUCACUGCCCGCCCGGCCCCUAUCUUUAAUCUUAAGUAAAGAGUGAAGUCAAAUCAAUGAAGUGAACAGCCCAACCUCUUUGUUUGAAGCUUUGCCAGGAAGCUUCUACUUGUUGAAGCUUUGCUUCCCCUAAUUCCAAAACACAACAAUAGACUUGCAACUAGAGUAUAGGAAAAAGCUUCUCUUUGAUAGCGGGGGGUUCAGAAAGGAUCUGAUCGUAGAUAGAGACUGAAACCUGUGCGGGGGGAAGGGCGGAUGUAGCCAAGUGGAUCAAGGCAGUGGAUUGUGAAUCCACCACGCGCGGGUUCAAUCCCCGUCGUUCGCCCAUCAAUAAAUGGACCAUUUGUUACGGAGACACAAGACAAACCUAGAAAGCAUUUUUUCUGCAAGUCAUCUCGAGGCUUUCAAACGCAUCCAAGCAAUGGGUAUCCGAUUGAAAGAAACCAUAGAUUCGCGUCGCCUACUUGCUGAAAGCACAAAUGGGAUGGCUGAUCAUGAAUUCUAUGAAUUUUUUAAGACCUCACUAAUCAGCCUUACACUUUUUAGUUCAUAAUGAAUGAAAUGAACCCCCGGAUGAAGAGAAAAUCUUCCCUCCCUUUGACUAAACCAUGGGGAGCCCCGAGUAGUUUACCGGACAAAUGAAGUUGUCGUGACGAUACCUUUCUUAGUUGAAGAUGGGAAAAGACUUCUCUUCAUCACGAGACUGAUCGGAUCUGCCGUAGACACCCGAGAGACCUCCACAAGGCAGGCUAAAAGAGUAAGAGGGCAACAAGCAAAGAGUUAUGCUUUCAUUUCUUUGUUGAGAUUGAAAUCAAGUUCUUUAAAAAGGGGCUAGGUAUAAUGCACGCAGGCCAAGUCAAGAAAAGGACGUCCUUACUUUUCUUUCAUAGUCGUCAACAUGACUAGUAGUUUGAAGCCUUAAGAAAACGGUUUUUUUCGGCACUCGGUUCCUUCGUCUUAAGUCAAGUUCAGUUUACUUUUUCGAUUCGGAACUCUUAGUCGAGCUGAUGGCGAGAUCGAUUUUUUGUUCGAGGUUAAAGAGGAAAGAGAGGAACCACCGCCCAAUGGUGCUUUUACGAAAGUACGGUCACCGGUGGCUAAUACCUUCUCGACACUAUCGAACCGUCAAUCCACUCUCAAUCGCUCUUUUUAGUGGGGAGGAAUUGUUUUCGUAUCCUGGACUUAAGGAAGGCAAAAAGUGCCCUAUCCGCCUUGUUGGGGGGGGGCAGUGCCAGUUCUUUCUUUUCAUUUCAAGUCAAGCUCCGUAUCCCUAUCUCUUUUUAGGUUGGCAUAACAAAGAAAGAUGGUGCCAAGAAAGAACACAUACCCAUCACUUUUUGAAAGUUCGGGAUCGUCAGGGAGCCCCUAUAGACGUAAAGACUUGACUUCACUGAACCGGCACUACUAUUUGUCGGCUCCUACCACUCGUCCCUCGUCUGCUCGUCGAGUGCGUCCCUUGCCCUUGCUCGUCUCUAGUCGUUUUUUCUCUAGUAGCCGAUCGACUUUCUUCGCCCCUCUCCCGCUUAUUGAUUAGGGCGAGUCACUCAAGUCCCUUGUCAUUCGUCCCUCUUUUACGAAAAUCCCGGGGUUUAUGCGUUUUUCGGAAACUCAAGUCGCUCGUCAAGCUAAAAACAGAGGAGUUCCCUCACUACGAAAGGUGUCCCGUGGAUGGACGAGUUCCUAAACUACGAAAGAUAUGGAGCGGAUGGCGUACUGAUAGAUCUCCUAUUCGUUCUGGAUCCAGCUGAAAAAGCCCUUUUUUUUUUUUUAUUAGUAAAGUUGCUCGAGACCGGAGAAUUUUAAUACAAUCUAGAAGAUCUGGUCGAAUGGUAGAAGAAUCUAUGGGUUCGUUAGGAAUCGAUAGUCGUUGUCUGGACAUACGAGUCACAGCCGGCCGGGAAGAGGAGAGAUCAACGACGAAGCUACUAGUUGGAAAGGAAAGGACAAGACCACCUUUCGUACAUUUCUACUGGUCCAGAAUUCUAAUAGCGAACGAAAGACCAGGAGAUUGGAUUUAGAAAGCACUUCCAGCAGGGUUGACGGCUGUGUGGCCCUCAUUCAGCUGGAAGUAGGAAAAAAAUCCCGGCACGACCGAUGACUUAGUCUUCCUUCUCCGCUUCGACUCAACCACCUACCUAACUUCUUAGAAAAGAUCCGAUAGAUAGCAGCUACCUAAGGCGCUUUUAAGCCCUUCACCAAUCACGGGCUUUCAUCUAGUAAGUCCUAGUACUAUGUUCUCCAAGCUUGACUAAUAGAAUAGGCAGGCCUUUUAGAGAACAGUAGAAUGUUGGGUUAGCUCUGCCUUUAAGUGAUAGGGGGCUGAGGGGUGACCGAUCCGGUCAGUCAAAAAAUAGGUUAAAAAAAAGGUGUGUCUGGUCUGGUGUAGCUAAUGUGACUUUCUUGAUCUAUAGUUCCUCUUCUUUCUCUUCUCUCUCUUGACCAAUGCUCCGGCUUCCAUAACUCAAAAGAUCAGCCGUUGUGACACAGGUGUAUCGAGGUAGGCCGUGGAUUGAAUAGAGAAAGAAGGGCUCGUAUUUGACAGAUUUCGAGCAACCCCCAACCUUCUACUUGGCCACUCCUCUCUCUUCCGGCUCUAAGUGACCUGACCACUUUCAUGCUUCGAAUGAGAAGUUGCGCUUUCGAUCUUGUUCUCAGCUCCGGGUCUGGUCCUUUAGGCGAGGCUCUUUACUUUACAGGGUGGUUCCCUUUACGGUUCAGGAAUUCGUGGUUGGCUUACUUUUGUUUGUUUGGUUACAGUUCAUGCCCACUCGUCAUGAACCCCCGCCCGCCCCGACGCUGAGUCGCAACUCUUCCUGUAGAAAGCUCCUUCAACUGAUUCAAGUGAUUCAGUCAGUAGGAAAGUCAGAUGCCUCUCCUGCAGGCCGAAACAUUUCCUUUGAAUAGAUGUGGUUCUCCCCAUAAAGAAAGAAUGAGUGCUCACUCUUAUGUUUGGUUUGGGGCCCACCCAAUUUUGGUGCGAAAUCUCACCUUUUGGAAAUCUCAAAUAAAGGAAAGUGGGAGUAUAGGUUUUUUUGAAGACCUCUCCCUUCUUCAUUAUUCUAAUCAUUGAAUUAGGUAGGACACUCACCCUACCCUACUUCUAAGGAUAGAUAGAAAAGGUGGGAGAGGGUUUAGGAGGUAUUUUGAGCGCAUGCUUGUUGCUUUAAUAGAGAAAGGGCUUGGCAUUUCACUCUUUGUUGUGGGGUUGUCACGGAUUGGCCGGCCAUACGGAUAGGGAAGUCCAAGGAGCUUUUUCUUUGUGGAGGUUUCACAUCACAUUAGUCAUUCCAUUCCUUCCGGAAAACCUAAAACGUGCAGGCCUACCUAAGAAUAGAGAGGGUACUUUCUGAUUUGAAAAUUAGGUUCUAUUACGAUGUAUACGAUGGGAUAUAGUUGAAGAAGAAAACUGGUUCUUCUCUUGAUCCAAUUUUGUUUGAUUGAUCUUGCCACUUAGAACUGGUGGGUAGGUCUGUCUUUCUCUGAUCCCGCUGAGCUGAAAGACAUGAGACAUACAUAAAAAAUCGUUUAGAUCCGGACCGGGCUCUCGAAAGCUCAUGUGACCGGAGGUGGGAAGAUAUGGGCUGGAAAAGCAUGUUAAUAAUCACCGCGGGCCCUUAUGCCCCGAGUGCUCAGCUUCGUCCCAGAAGUGGAACUAACUGGAGGGUCGGUAUGCGAAGAGAGGUCUCCCUUGUAACAGGAGUGAAGAAUGACCCGACCCGGCCACAAGAAGACAGGCAGAGUGGCGGGGCAAUGGUACCAGACGUUAAGGAGAGAGAAGUGAGUUGGUCUCGAUGAUAGCCCAGGCGAGUCUCGUGUGUGAUAGUCUGACCCAGAUGUUGGAUAUAGUUCCCUUCGGGUUAGGGUUCCAAACCUGCCCUAUCCCUUGUUGCCCCGGAGCUUGAGGUCUACUUCUACAUAGAUACAUACAGCUUGCCUUACCACCAUUUCAGAGCCGACGCCCCCUUUUUUGAUAGAGGGGAGUGAGAAAGAGAUUGAUUUUCGGAUCGCCUAAUUCAAUAGCUCAAAAAUAGGUGGAGUUCGCCCUUUCCUUUGAAGCAUAGUUAAGUGUUGCAACAGGGGGGUUGUUCAGCGAAUGGGAAGCAAACAAAGUCUCCAUACCAACAUGCAAGGCUUCGCAGCUAUCCAGAAGAGAGCUUUACUCUAUAGGGGUGCUAACGCUUUACUAAUAGAAUAUCAAGUCAAGGCUCUUCUUCUGUUCUACAAAUCUAACUAAUCUAUACGACUACUAAGACUAGGUCUUCUAGAGUGAACUAGCAUAGUAAUUUGUAUUUUUUUUGUGCCACUAGAAGCCUAAGCCGCACUA